AGCCAGCGCGAGGCGAGUCGCUCGAGCGCUCUCUGCGGGUUAGCUAGUUUGUUUAUUCCUUCUUGUUUGGUUCCGGUCGGUCGAGGAAAGAUGCAAGCUUCCAGAGAGGCUCGACACCUUCAGAACCACCGAUACCACUGACGGCUUGAUGAGUUUAUUCGCUCUGUUCCAAACCCUGCGGAAGAACGGAAGUGACAGACCGCGGGAAAAUGUCGUUACUUCCGGUGUGAUGAAGUCUUGGCGCGAUUCGACAGCUGUAAACAAAAAGACUCGAAAUCAGGAGUUGUGAGAAAUCCAGGAAGGUUUUAAAAUGAUGGAGAAAAGUGUGGCUGCUGCAGCCGCGGUCACUGCGGCCAGCGACGACUCGGUGGACAUCUAUGAAGGUCUGGACGUCAGCCUCGGCAGCGCCGCAGAGAACUCGUCUGCUGGGAGCUCUCAGCUGAAAGAGUCCAUGGAUCUUUAUGAGGAUCUGGUGAUGGAGGAGCAGCAGAGCAGAGAGUCGUCCUACCAGGAGCUGAAGUCCAGGUUCCAGGCGGCCCAGAACCAGAUCAGAGAGCUGCGGCGGAGAGUGGAGCAGAUGGAGGUCCAGAACACAGGUCUGAGCGCCGAGAACAACCGGCUGAAGAAGAACAUCUCCGCUCUGCUCCGCACCGCCAGACUGGAAGUGACGCGGAAAGACGCCGAGAUCCAGAGGCUCAAUCAGAGGGCCAUGUGGGGUCGACAUUCUUACCAGCCGUCCUUCAAAAAUCCAGAUUCCUCCUGUCCGAUCCCAGCUCCUGCUCCUAUCACUAGACCUCCUUCUCCUCCACCACUUCCAUCCGGUCCUCCCCCUCCCCCUCCUCCUCCUCCCCCUCUACCACCUUCACCCUCAGAGGAGGAGCAGCGUCCGAGGGAUCCUCCUUCCAAGACAGAAGGUCUGAGCCAGUCGUCUAAAGGAUCUUCUCACCACCAUUUGAAAAGAGACAGCGGGACGUCUGAAAAAGGAGCUAAAUCGGAACCGCACAAGUCCAGAGACAAAGACCAUCCGAGUGUGCGGCUGUCCGAGCCGGCUGAGCGCAGACACAGAGACGCUUCAGGUCCCGGCAAGAAAUCCAGAGACCCUCACAGAGUAGACAGAGAGUCCGGGCAAAGGUACGACUCCAGAACAUGCCGGAGCCGGCCGGCUCCGUCCUCCGACAACAGCCGAGAGCGGAGGCAUGACAAACCGAAAACCACGCCUCCAGAACCCAGCUCCAAACCCGACUGCAGCCGCGAGCACAGAAAGACCGGCGACGCCCCGUGCAAACGCUCCGACGCAGACGAGCGGAAAAGGUCCGGUUCCCACGCCGGACGCAACAGCAGAGAAGAGGAUCGGCGCAAAGAUCACCCGAGGAAAGAGGACAGAGCACACGAGGGAGAAAACAGGAAACACAAGAGGAGCGGCCCGUCAGAAUCCAGCCGGGAGCCACAGCGACCCAAAAAGCCGGAAAAACGGGAACGGAAGCACCGAUCCGUGGAGAGGCUGUCUGCAGAACCAAACCUGGAGGAGGACAGUCCCAACAGGAAGCUGUGCUUCAUGGAAACCCUGAACCUGACCAUUUCCCCCAUGAAGAAACCCCACAGCGCCGUCGGUACCGACACCAGAACCGGGCCGGACGUGGAGAACUCCCAGCCCAACCUGGAAGACAUGUGCAUCAUCGACGAGGUGGACAGCAGCGAGCUGGGAGACGAGUCGGGAGAGGCGGAUCCACUCCCGGCGUCCAGCUCAGAGAGCGCUCAGCUGAGGUCCGGCGAAGACCAGGACAAAAACUUCAGCGCCGACAGUUCGGCCCCGGCCCAAACCGCCUCCCAUCAGAGCCCCCCCAGAGGAAGCCCCGCCCCCAAAGCUGCAGAGAGGAGUUCUGAGGGAGCCGCCGAGGCCGAAGCUUCUGCCGGCGAUCCCGACCAUCAAACCCUUCCCCCUGAUCCCGCCGCUCAGCUGGACGCCAGCCAAACCUGCCCAGAAAGUUCUGGUGCUCCUGAAGGAACCAACCGGACCGAAGAGGCUGAACAAAGUGCAGAGGAGCCGUGCCCCGCCUCCUCCACCAGCGUCUGUCCAGAGAAGGACGCCGAGGCCGUGUCCAGCACCAUCAGCCUGGACUCGCUCCCGCGGGAGGGGCUGAGUCUGACCGACGCCAUUUUUGUGCUGACGCAAGCCGACAGCGGCCCGAGCGCCGCCGCAGAGCCCUCCUCCUCCACCGGCUGCAUCGCAGUCUCCAAAGUCAGCAGCACCACAGAGGAGGCGCCGGCCACGCCCAGGAAGACCUGCAGUCUGGCGGCAGAGCCCGGCAGCUCCGCCCCCCUCCUUCACGACGAAGACUCCAUGAUGACGACGCUCAGGAACCUGAGGAGGAUCCCCGACGCCAUCAGCCCCCUCAGGAGCCCCGCCCGCCUCGCCAAACAUCUGAUCCACCUGCAGAGCCGACAGGGGCCGGUGAAGAGCCUGCAGAGAGACUUCUCCGGCUCCACCGCUGACGCCAGCUCCAAGAGGCCAGACGUCAACAAGGAGAACAAGCAUCCGGGUUCCCCGGCAGAGCCCCCCGAGACGGCGCCGGAGCGGCCCGACAGCGACGUGGAGGAGGGGGAGAUUGUAAGCGAAAGCGACGAGGCGGCCUCGACCUCCCCUGUUCCUCCCCCCAAAAGGCCGAAGCUGACGGCGCCGGUCCACAACAAACCAAGUCCAACUGCCAGGAGGAAACCGGAAGAAAAGAAGGUCCAAAGCCCCCGGAACCGCUUUAAAACCGUCUCCCCCGUGAGCAGCAAGGCGUCCUUCUCCAGUGUGGAGGACGUCAUGGAGAUGUUCGAGUCGGUCCGAGCCCAGAUCCGGAAGAAGUACAUGAAGCUCCACAAGAACUUCCCCAAGAAGAGCUUCUACGGCGUGAUGGACAACUUCCAGAAGUCCUUCCUGGAGUUUGUGGACGGAGCUCACUUUGGUGACAUGUGCAGUGAGGAGGAGGAGCUUAAGUCCAGGCUGAAGAAGCUGAUCGGGUCCGUGUUCCAGAAAGUCCUGAACAACGGCAUCGUGAAGCGGAUCUUCGAGCAGCAGGCGGUGGACCUGAAGCAGAAGCUGUGGGACUUCGUGGACGUCCAGGUGGAGUAUCUGCUGCUGGACAUCCAGGCGGCGCUGAAGAGCCUCUGCAAACCCGCCGCCGAGAAAAAGGCCGCAAAGACGCCACGGCGCGAACCCAAGGAGCUGCGCUCCCCCAACCCGGACCGGGCCAAGGCCGGCGCCAUGGUUCCCUACAGAACCGGUCUUGGAAGCAGAGGGAAAAACAUCCGCAUCUCUCAAGGAGACGAGGACACGCCCGAGAAAGUUCAGCCGACGGACGGCGGCUUGAUGGAGCUCCUCCCACGGCGAAACCUGUCCUCCACCCCGGAGAAGAACCACGACCGACCCGACUUCCAGCUGCUGACGGAGCAGCAGGCCUCCAGCCUGACCUUCAACCUGGUGCGGGACUCUCAGAUGGGGGAGAUCUUCAGGUGUCUCCUGCAGGGGUCGGACCUGCUGGAGAGUGGCGGGAUGGGCGGGGACGCCGCCGCCGCCUGGUCCCUGGGCACGCCGAGGAAGGACGGCGAAAGGUUCCUCAGCAUCACCACGCCAUCCAAGUUCGAGUCCCCGUCCAAGCUUCUGUCCCCCGCCAAGUUUGACACACCCUCUAAGCUCAUCGCCACGUGGUCCAGUAUCUCGCCCCGCAGGGUUCUGUCCCCCCGAUCCAAGGACCCGGCGGCGCUCAACCCGGCGCUGUUUGACGAGGACUGCCUCCUCGAGGUUCCGUCGCAGAGCCGGGCGCCGCUCAAGUCCUACUCCAUCCUGGCCGAAGACCUGGCGGUGUCGCUCACCAUCCCAUCACCACUGAAGUCCGACCGGCACCUCAGCUUCCUGCAGAUCGUGUCCACGCCCGACAGCGUGCUCAGCGCACACAUCAGUGAAGACGCCCUGCUGGACGGCGAGGACGCCACCGAGCAGGACAUCCACCUCGCCCUCGACACCGACAACUCCACCUGCGCCUCCAACAGCAGCGCCACCUCCGAAGCCGCCGCCGCGCCGUUCCUCUUCAAGCCGGACGUCCAGAUGGAAGCGCUGGUGAUGGAGAGGUCCAACGACCACUUCAUCGUUAAGAUUCGACAGGCAGACGGCGGCGCCACGAUGACCGCCGACCAGAGCUUCAGCCGAACGCUGACGGAGGAGGAUCUGCAAACCGGAGAUCAGAAAACUCCAGAAGAUCCUCGUCCUCCAGAGGAGCGCUCCGAUCCGGCGCUUCCAGAGGAGAAGCAGCCCCUCUCUGCUACCUCAAACGUCUCAGCCAAUCAGGCGCUUCUCAGGGAUGACCACGGAAGUGCACCUGCAAACCAAGAGAACCCGGCACCGCCGCCGCUCUGCUCCAGUUCAGACAAGAACCAAACCACUCCGCCUGGACGGGAUCAGAGUUCCAGCGUCGGAGAGGACACGAAAACCUCGCCAGAGAAAGGUCACGAGAAAGGUCAGAAACGGAAGAAGCACACAGAGAAGUCCAAAAAUAAGAGGCCCAGGAACAAGGAGGAGGACGUCCUCGAAGAGGAGGAGCCGCUGGACGCCGCGCUGUCACCCGGCAGCAUGUCGGCACGCAACAUCGUGAAGAAGAAGGGCGAGGUGGUGAUGACGUGGAGCAGAGACGAAGAUCGAGCCAUCCUGAUAGAGCUGAAGAGCAGAGGCCCGUCCCGGGACACCUUCUCCGCUCUGUCGGAGAGGCUGCAGAAGCCGUCGGGACAGAUUGCACACAGGUUUUACCAGCUCAUGAAGCUGUUCAAGAAGCAGGAGAAGAUGGAGGCGUGAUCAGAGGAGACCAUGACUUCACCACUACAGUCCGUUCAGAACCAGCAGAAAGAACCAAACGUUUCUUUUUCUCAAACUGAGAUGAUCCAAAGUUCCCUCUGACUGUUUCUUUUGGUACUUUUCUGAUAAUCUUUCAGUGAGAAGAGAGAUCAGAUGUUUACAUGUCUGCUCAGUGAACAGAUCUGCCCUCAUUCUGAAAAAAUGCAAUAUUCUUGUACAAAGUUCUUUAUUAAAAAUUGUUUUAUUUAUUUAAAA